GAAACCAGCGUGUCGUCUACGGCGGGUAUGGCGUGCAAUUACGGUGACAGCCGCUUGUGGACCUGGCAAGUCCUUCUCACCAUCUCAAUGGUUCUAAUCCCCCUGUCCGCUCACGGGAGGCACGCAAUGGCCCGGCGCCAUCAUCAUCGCAACCAGUCAGCCAUCAACCGCGAAGCCUCCAAUACCAGAAUGGUGCUAAGCGACGACUCGGCGGAGAGGGACCACCUGAUAGAAGCGGGGAUCCCCGCUUUUUCCAAACAUCACCGCUCCCAUAAACACGUCCGUCUAGAUCCCGAUCCGGUCGGGGAGGAGAUCACAGCUGGAGGAGCGGGACCGGAUCAGCCCGGGAACCCCUUGUCUGAUGACAUCAUCACCGUCGAGUUCCACAGUCCGGCGCCGGAGAUUAUGCCCUUUGAUAUUGAUCAUCACGGGGCCAAACUACCCAAACCCCAAAAGCAAAAAGGAAGCAACCCCACAGCUUGGACGCUCUCGGACUUUUACGACUACCUGUCCCCCGAUGACGACCUCUCGGCAUCGGCCCCCACCCAAGAACCCGAGCCUUCCCCUUCGCCCCCGGCCGACAUGGAGGAUGAGAACCCCCUCUUGACUAACGUCCGCCCUGUCGGUGCGAAGCCCGCCGUGGAGAACAAACCCGACUCACCUAGCCAGCCCAAACCGGAUCCUGACGAGAACAAGGACUUGAGCUUGGGUGGCGCCAUGGGGAGCGACGGGUGCCGGCUGGGCUUCGUGCGUUCGGGACCCGGCAUGUGCGUGUCUCAGUGCGACGUGGAACCCAAUUUCUGCUUCAAUGAAGGCGUGUGCAUUGUGGUGGCUGGAGUAGGAGCUUUCUGCAGGUGCAACGUGCAGGACUACAUCUGGAACAAAGGCACACGUUGCGAUUGGGCCAUCACAGAGUUCCAGGUGAUGAGUGUGGUGGUGGGCGUGGCUUCGGUGGCCCUCCUCCUCCUCUUCAUGAUUGUGGUGUUCUUCGCCAAGAGGCUGCAUCGUCUCAAGAGCGAGAACAGGCGGCUUCGCAAACGCAGUAAGUACCGUCCACAGAGCACGGAGCCACAGACGGACGGCAUCUCGGUUUCCACGGCAGCUGACGGCUCGCAGCCAAACGUAAGGAAACUGUGCGACUCUCCGCCGCCCGUGCCCCAAGCUCACACUCACAACCUGGCGUACUAUGACAACAUUAUCUGUCAGGAUGACCCCCAGAAGCACGAGGACCCGACCAAGUCCCCUCCGGCCAAAGAAGAGGGCGCCAUGAACAUCCUCAACUCUCAUUCCCCCAAACACGAGAACAACCGGCCAAACUCGGUGGUCCACGACCACAGCCUCAGCCCCGACAACACCGACGACAACACCGAGGAUGGAGUGACUAUUGGUCUCGAGGUGCUCCUCCCCAAAGAUGCCAAGCUGCGCACCGAGAAGAGCUCCCCCCUCCAGUACGACGUCUUCCUCUACAAGAUGGCAAACAACGGCGACCCGACGGCGACCAACUCUCAUGGCUCCGCCUCCCAUCACGCAAACAAAUCACCCAAAAGCGCAAAGAGUGCAUCCAAAUCCCCCAAACGUUCCGAGGAUCACCGCGAGCCCCUCUCCGGGCGUCACUCCUCACCCUUCCUGCACCCCUCACCCGGGUCGCCCAGGGGCUACUCCGCCUCCACGCGCCACCAAUCUACCCGUCACUCGCACAGAAGUCGGCCUUCCAGUUCUUAUUACCCCGAAGUGGAAAGAGAGGACGGACACAUCCGUCCGUCUCCUUCCUCGCCUCAUCUAACUCAGCCAUCCUCUUCGCCGUCCAGGGCCAAGUGCAGCCCGGUCAGCACUCGAUCUUUGCCACCACUCUCGUGACGUCUUUUACUCAUCCAGUCAAACGCGCAAAUAUAAAGCCGUUUGAGCAUUUAUUCGAUCCAGCUAAAUCCUCUAAUGCCAAAUGAAUCAAUAAAAUUUAGUAGUGGGAUAAAAAUGUCUUAAAGACUGUUUUGAGAAAAAUUGAUUCACAGUCAUUUUUUAAUUAUUUAUUUUUGUUUGUAUUAUUAUUAUUUUCACUCCAUGGAGAUAUUGCAAGCUUGCUAUUGAUGGAUGGCUAGCUGCCGAAUAUUGCAGAAGUAUUUGUCAAGGUUCACUAUCGACGACUUAAGAUGGAUAUUAAGGAUAUCGAAUAAAUGCUCAAACGUGUCAUGACUAAUGUAAACAGUCAUUAUCCAUUAGGACUCUAACCUUCAUUAGGCUCAUAGAAUAUAACAAUACAGAAAUAAGUGGAACUGGGUCAACUAUGCACCAUCCACCUUAAGUUCACAAUUAAAUGGAAAAGGAUUCAGUACAAGUCAUUUUCACCAUCUUGUAUGAAACUCAGGUCAAAACAGAAUAAGCACAAGAUGACCCGUGUGAACAAGUUUUCCUAAUCUGGUGCCAAUGUCAGUACAUUUUUAUGAAAGUAGUUUUAGUUAUAUCAAUACAUCUUUUUUUAUUAGUAGUAUUUCACGUUUUGGUACAUUUGACAUGUUUUUGAUUUCCCAAUAAAUAGAUAUUA